AUGUCCCUCCUCGCGCGGUGGAAGCCCUACCUGACCAACCAGGCCAAAUAUGCGAACCUCAAUGUCUUCAAUUCCCUCAACAAUGAGGCCAUGCAUAGACAGAAUCCUCGACAGUCACCAUGUCACGACGAUAUCUUAAACAAGCCGAUCGCGAUCAAGGACAACAUUUGCACCAAAGACAUGAAGACUACUGCUUCCUCGGCACUUCUCAACAACUUCACCACUCCAUACGAUGCGACAGUCGUGACGCUGCUCCAAGAGGCAGGUGCCGUGGUCAUGGGGAAGACCAACAUGGACGAGUUUGGCAUGGGCUCACACUCGAUGAACUCGCACUUUGGCCCCGUCAAGAUGCAGAGAUACCAAGGCGAAGAAGUAAGUGCUGGCGGCAGCUCUGGCGGGAGUGCGCUUGCCGUCGCGAGUGGACAGUGUUGGGCGGCACUUGGUACGGACACAGGGGGCUCGGUUAGACUUCCCGCUGCGUAUACGGGCGUCGUGGGCUUCAAGCCCAGCUAUGGCCGGCUGUCGCGAUGGGGAGUAAUUGCAUAUGCGAACUCACUUGAUACGGUCGGUGUCUUUGGUAGGACUGCGAAGCACGUAGCAGCUGUCUAUAAUGCACUGGACGUUUAUGAUCCUCGAGAUCCUACCUCUCAUCUACCUUCGACUCGCUCCCGACUCGGUAAUUACAACCGCUCCCCGAGCCUCAGGAUCGGUAUUCCUCUAGACUACAACAUUGCUACCUUGCAUCCUACGGUUCGUCAAGCUUGGAUUCGAACCAUGAAAGUUCUACGGAAAGCUGGCCAUAGCCUGCAUCCUGUCCGACUCCCAUCGACGCAACAUGCGCUGUCAGCCUACUAUGUCUUAGCCCCAGCAGAGGCCUCCAGCAACCUGGCAAAGUACGAUGGCGUUCGUUUUGGUAGUAGAACACAAGGCGUCGACGGUACGCCUCAAAGUGUGCUGUUUGCCAAAACACGGGGUCAAGGUUUUGGACCUGAAGUCCAGCGUCGCAUCCUACUGGGUGCCUUCUCACUCAGUGCGCAAGCCAUUGACAACUACUUUAUCCAAGCACAAAAGGUCCGGAGGUUAGUGCAACAAGACUUUGAUAAGGUCUUUGCAACGACAAACCCACUUCUCGAACAAGUUGCACCCUCGGAGGGUGGAGCAAUAAAGGUAGAUGCUCUGGUCUGCCCUACGGCUCCUUCGCUUGCGCCUUCGAUUUCUGAAGUCAAGGACCAAGACCCCAUUCAAGCCUACAUGAACGACGUUUUCACCGUACCAGCCAGUCUCGCAGGACUGCCUGCGAUCAGUGUGCCCAUACCUGUCGAAUCAGAAGCAGUAAAGGGUGAGGAAAGCGAAGCAGAAUCCAUAGUCCGCAGCGCUGGCAUCCAAAUCAUCGGUCAAUUUGGUGAUGAUGCCCUUGUGCUCGAAGCGGCCAAAUCGAUUCAAGAUCAAAUAAGCACUGCUCAGGCAGGAAGUUCACCUUUCAUCACCUCGUGGGCACAGAAUGCUCACGAUGAAAGUACUGUUGCGGGGCAGCAGCUCAGCUAG